UCCUUAGACUGAAAAUCAUUGCAGAAGUCUCCACUGAGACAAACAGAGUUGAGGAAAUUUCAUCAGGACACAAGACGGUCUGGCUAGCUGUGUCAAAUGUUCUAACCAUAAACUUGUCAGCUGAAAUUUGCUGACAGAGACAGAGGGAGAAAACAAGGAUUAAAAAUCCAUAUUUCCUUAAAUAUUCCAUAUAGCUACAGUAAUACCGCAAGAGGGCAGCAGGCUGGUAAUAACUAUAAUUCCAUGGGUCAUGUAGUGUAUUGGUUAGGAUGAGUUCUUUGUGUGUAGUUUCCUGGCGUGAAUUUCUCCAUGGGAGUGAAGGAGGGCAGUUCAGAUUAGCUGGUGUACAGUUUUAGGGUAGAUGCCAGCCGUUAUGUGUGUAAUUUCGAGCUAUGCAAUCUCUGCCAUGCAAAUACAUGGCGUCCUGGUUGAUGAGAGUUCUGUUCGGGUCAGACACGCUCCGGCACGUGAAAAUUCCCAAACUGGGAACCUGCUUCAUUUUCUGAUCUCUUAUCCACGGCCUUCCCUCCACAGACUGCGGCUCCAGGAUAUAUUGACCCGAGACAAAACAACCUAAACACCUACUUGACAGGCUGCCUGGCUCUUGCUAACCUGCAGACAGUGAGGCCCCAGAGGCGUUCGCACUCCCGGCUGCAUCUCCGCCUCCUGCGCAGAGAAGUCCCCGCCCACCCGGGCCCAUCGGCCGGAGACUAAGUUUUCGGCACUUGAAGAUGCUGUGGCCAUUUUGGAAGAGGGCUAGGAGACAAUGACCCGGAAAGACCAGUGACGUCAGCCUGGGCACGGCGGCGAGGACGCACGGUUCGUGAGACCCCAUCGCCACCUUAUUUAUGAAGGCAUCCUCAGGUUCCGAUUCCUCGGGCUGCUCUCCGCUUUGCGUGUUUAUCUGCCGUAGUGCGUCCUCGCGGAGCUGGUUCUUGUCCCUCCUCGGCCCUAGUGUACGACCCGGGCGCGGGUGGCCCUCGGAGCCAGGCCCGGCAGGGGACGAUGGCUGGCCCGGCUCCGGGGCCGGUGGUACCCACGGCGCCGCCCUGUGCACAGCCAGCGUUUACUGACCCCGGGGCGGUGAGCUUCGCUGACGUGGCCGUGUACUUCUCCCGGGAGGAGUGGGGGUGUCUGCGGCCUGCGCAGAGAGCCCUGUACCGGGAGGUGAUGUGCGAGACCUACGGCCUCCUGGGCGCGCUGGGAGGCGGAGGCGCCAAGCCAGCGCUCAUCUCCUGGGUGGAGGAAGAGGCUGAACUGUGGGGUGCCGCCGCCCAGGAUCCAGAAGUGGCCGACAAAGAGUCCAGACACAGGGAGGGGAAAAGACCAAGGAAAGAGGCUGAAGCACUACUGAAGACACUUUCUACCCUAGCUGAGCUGAACGUCACCUGUUCCUCCACUGCUGGGUCCCCCUGCAGCUUGGAGCUGCUGUCCAAGGCCUCUCACAAGUGUCACCCCCUUCUCCGUGCCCACCCCCCUGUCCCGAGAGCAGACCAGCGAUAUGGCUGCGGGGUGUGCGGAAAGAGUUUUGCUUGGCGUUCCACGCUGGCAGAGCACCUUUACACCCACACGGGGGAAAAGCCCUUCUGCUGCCCUGACUGUGGCAAGCCCUUCGCCCGGGCUUCCUCGCUGAGAAAGCACCGGGCCAUACACCGCGGGGAACGGCCCCAUCGCUGUCCUGACUGUGGCCGGACCUUCACACAGCGCUCUGCCCUCACAACCCAUCUGCGCGUGCACACUGGGGAGAAACCCUAUCGAUGUGCUGACUGUGGCCGCUGCUUCAGCCAGAGCUCUGCCCUCCAUCAGCACCAGCGCGUGCACAGUGGCUUGACCCCCUUCCCUUGCACAGACUGUGGCAAAGCCUUUGCCCACGCAUCAGAUCUUCGGCGCCACACGCGCACCCACAGCGGUGAGAAGCCUUACUCGUGCCCUGACUGUGGGCGCUGCUUUCGCCAGAGCUCUGAAAUGGCAGCCCACAGGCGGAUCCACAGUGGCGAGCGUCCCUACCCCUGCCCUCAGUGUGGCAGGUGCUUUAGCCGAAAGUCAGCUGUAGCAAAGCAUCAGUGGGUCCAUCGGUCUGAAGCUAGGGACAGUAAGGGCAGGGAAGCCAGUGAGUUGUCUAUAUCCCUGGCCCCUGGCCAAGGGGACCCAGACCCACCUGUGGCUUUCCGACACUUUCCAGGUAUACUCCAGAAGUGUGGAGGAUGGCCUUAAAAAUGACAAGGCAGAGGGUGACAAAUCCAUCCUGCCUGAAGCCCUAAGACAGCCCAGGGAUUUGAACCUCUGGCAUCCUCCAGGAAGUCAAAAUUUCUAGCAAGAGUUGGUCUUGGAGACCCAGUGCACUCUGAGGUGGUUAGCAGCUUGGUUUGUAGACACUAGCUCCCACUGCCCCAGGUUUUCUUGGCAGGUCUGAGGUGGGAAACUCCACAAGAACUCCAAAUGGGAAGCAAGGACAGUUUCCUGGCUCAGAAAUAUUGAGAGAGUUAAGGUUGAAGAGAGUCAAUUUAACCUGUUGCCUCUUCAGUGCAGAAGUUAAAGCUGAUGGUCCUUUGUGAAUUGGGCUUGCUGCAUUUUCAAAGGUUAAAAGUUACUGGUCAAGAGCCUGGUGUGGUGGUAUAGCACUUGGGAGGCAGAGACAGGAAGAUCACAAAUUUGAGGCCAGUGUGGACUACAUGACUUUCUGAAGAUCGAUCAAUAAAAAGUAGAUUAAAUUA